AUGGUCAAUCCUCAAUUUCAACUUGGUCUCUGCUUCUCUGAUAUGAACACUUUCAGGGAUGCUGUGAAACAACAUGCUGUUAUAAAUGGUAGAGACAUUAAGUUCUCAAAAAAUGAGAAAAACAUAGUUCAAGCAAUAUACAAACAUGAAAGUUGUCCUUGGAAUGUUUAUGCAUCAAACAUGAGAGGUGAGGCUACCCUAAAAAUUAAAACCAUCCAUGCAGUCCAUGAGUGUAAUAGAAAAGAGAAAGUUGCUUGUGCUACUUCUAGUUGGUUGGCCAACAGGUAUCAGGACAAAUUAAGAAGUGAUCCAAACUGGCCAGUUGACUCAAUGAUGAGUGUUGCUCAGAAGGACUGUAAGUUGUUGUUCAGUAGACACCAAGUGUAUAGGGCCAAAAGAAAGGCUACAGAAAUGAACACUGGCUCAAGUGUGGAACAAUAUGGGCUUGUUUGGAGAUAUGCUGAAGAUAUAAGAAGAUGUAGUCCUAACACCACAAUUAGAAUCAAGACCAGAGAUGAUGGAGGCAAGCUGAAGUUCAAAAGAAUCUAUUUAUGUUGGGGAGCACUGAAGCAGGGCUUUCUAGAGGGGUGUAGACCCAUAAUUUUCCUUGAUGGUUGUCACCUGAAGUCAUAUUAUGGGGGAAUUAUAUUAUCUGUUGUGGGGAUAGAUGCCAAUAAUGGUAUCUAUCCAUUUGCUUAUGCAGUUGUUGAGAAGGAGAAGAGAGAUUCAUGGGUGUGGUUUAUGGAUUUGUUGAAAACAUAUUUGGAGAUAGAAAACUGUGGUCCAUUGACUAUUAUGAGUGACAAACAGAAGGGAUUGGUUGAUGCAGUUGAUAUGGUGAUGCCUAACUGUGAGCACAGAUUAUGUGUGAUGCAUUUGUAUUGCAACUUCAAGCUCUCACACAGAGGAUUAGCUCUGAAAAAUAUCUUGUGGCAAGCUGCAAGGGCUUCAAGAGUUGUUGACUUUGACAAAGUGUUGAGGGAGUUGGCUGCAAAAGACAAAAAAACAUUUCAAUGGCUUGCCAAAAGGCCAUCAGCACACUGGUCUAGAGCAUAUUUCAGUUGCAAUUCCAAGUGUGACACUCUACUGAAUAACAUGCGUGAAAGUUUCAAUGCCUUGAUUUUAAGGCCUAGGAUUCUGUCCAUAAUUGACAUGUUAGAAGCUAUUAGGAUGAUUUUGAUGAAAAGUGUUCAUGUGAAGAGGGAUAAAAUGGCCAAAUACAGAGGGGAAAUAUGUCCUAAUAUCCAAAAGCAGCUGGAUGUUUCAAAAGAGAAAACAAUGGAGUUUAUUGCACACUGGAAUGGGAAGGAUCAAUUUGAGCUGGAGGGUUGUUUUGGUUCAAAGUUCAGAGUGAAUCUAGGAGAUAAAACCUGUAGCUGUAGAAGAUGGCAACUCAGUGGAAUCCCCUGUGCACAUGCAAUUGCAGUGAUGUUUCAUAUGAGCUAUUUACCUGAAAGUUAUAUGGACAACUUCUACAGAAAAGAAACAUAUUUGAGGGUCUAUAACCAUCUGAUGGACACACUUGAUGGCCAUAAAAUGUGGCCACAAUCAGGAAAGCCUAAAUUGCUUCCCCUGACAUUGAAAAGAUGCCAGGAAGACCAAAGCUCAACACUGAAAGAAAGCAACCUGGUGAAGCUAAUGGGCCAAAUGAUAUACCAGCAGCAACUAGCAAAGGCAUAG